AAGAGUUCGCGCUGUGCAGUUCGUUCGAUCGCUUGUCUCCGGCUUAGACAUUGGUUAAUACGGUUUCCUGCUCCGGUAUGCGGUCCUAAUUAAUAUACAUAUGUAUGAUUUUCGCAACAAAAGUACAUACAUACCAAAAAAACAGUGUAACGUAAAUACCCACACUUGAAAAUUGAGAAAAAAGUGUGAAAAACUUUGUUGAUCUUUUGAGAUCCAUUAUUGUGAGUUCCUCGGCAGAGCAGCAGAACUGAUCAUUUUUGGAACGACGGAAGCUGCAUUUAAAAGCUAAGAAGAAAACGACGACGACAUGGGUUUCAGUUCGCGCAUGGAUUGCUGCGGGCAAUUCGUCAAGUACAGUCUUUUCAUAUCGAAUUUCAUAAUAUUUAUUGGCGGCGCCACUGUUUUCACACUCACACUAUGGACCCUCGUCGAUCGUAGUUUCAUGAACGAAUUGUUGGGUACAAAUCUCUUCUCGGGCGCAGUUUACGUUUUAUUGGUUACUUCGGUAGCGAUUUGUUUACUCUCGUUUUUGGGUUGUGUGGGCGCGGGCAAAGAAGUGAAAUGUCUGCUGUUAACGUAUUUCAUAAUCGUUGCGCUGGUGUUUGUAACGAUGCUAAUCGGAGGCAUACUGGGUUAUGUCUUCAGAGAACGCGUACAGCAGACGAUGCGACAGGAAAUGCGCGCCACCAUGGCACUCUAUGGAAGCCGUCGCGAUGUCACCAUGGCGUGGGAUCAGACGCAAGAGCGCUUGCAAUGCUGCGGCGUGGACACUUGGCACGAUUGGAAUCGUUAUGGACCCGUACCGGAGUCGUGUUGUCAGGAAUUGUUUGGAGGACAACGCAAAGACUGUAGCAUCUUUCCAACCAUCACCAAUCUCUAUAGUCAGGGUUGUUUAUAUGUAACGACAAACUUCAUACGCGAUCAUGCGGCGUUAAUUGGUGGGACGGCAAUAGCGGUGGCCAUACUAAUGAUAUUUGGCAUGAUAUUCUCAUGUCUGCUAUUUAAUAUGAUUGAAUAGUGAAAGGCGUUGGGAAGGCGUGAAAAAAAUGAUGUAGAAGAGGACAGAAAUAAUAGCAAGCACAUAACUAAACUGAUUAGCAAUUUAAAGCGCUUACACACACACACACGCACAAAAACACUUCAACACAGACACAUACACCCAGCAGCGAAACUACUCGAUGAAGCGUCACUGCAGAAUGCAUUCCAUUUGCUGCUGGACACGCAUGUAAAAAUUCAUACACAAAAUACAUACAAACAUACAUACACUUCUACGAAAUAUGCGCAAUCGCACAAAAAACCGUCAAUUCGGAAUUUUUGUAACAAAAUUUGGCGCCUGCGACGCCUAAAAUUAUGCAUCCACACAACUCUAUAAAUGUUUGCUUGUAAAAAGUAUGAACGAAAUAUUUGUUUCUUGUUUCAUUUACCGUUCAAUUUCAUUUAGUUUUUAGUUCUUUAAAAAAUUCUAUAAAUUUCAAGGCAUUGAAUUUUUGGUUUUUCUUAAUUUACGUUGAUUGCCUGUAAAAAUUUGCGAUAUAUGUAAAUCGCAACUGAAGUAAAAAGAAAGUAUUAUUUACGAAUUUGUAAGUGAAUGUAAAAAUAUACACCCCGUGUCAUAAUUAUAAGCGCACCACAAAAUUACAAGUUUUAACAAUUUGUUUUUUUUUUUUGUUAUAUAUUUUGUAUGCUCUUUAUAUAAAAAUAUAGGUUAUUCUUUAACAAAAACUGUUCAACAAAAUGUUUGAAACAUUGGUAAAAUUUCAAGCCUUUUGAUUUGAUUCGGAGUAUGCAGUUUUGUAGCUCAUUCAAUUCUAGCUAAUAAAGUGCAAUUUAAAAGUAGUUGGCACUUACCAUUGAUUUUUGACAUUUUUUGUUGGUGAUGAUGUCAGUAAUUUUCUCCCAUACGAAGCAUGUUCAACGAUAUUUUUAUAUGAAAAAAAGUCAGCAAUGCCUUCAAAAAAAAAAAUGCCAAAAAUCAAUGAUAAGUCCUAUCUACUGUAAAAAUCCACUUUAUUGUACUAAAAUUUAAUUAGCUACAAAGUUGCUUACCCAAAAUCUUUCUAAAAAAUCGAAUUACUCAAAACCUUUCUAAUUAAAAAGCUUGAAUUUCUACCAAAGGGUGUUGAUUUUGCUUAAAAAUUACACAAAGUUUGUAACUUGGAUAUAUACGGUUUUGUUAAAGAAUAAACUAUAUUUUGUUUAACAAAAAAAAAAUUAAAUAAAAUAACAAAAAAAAAUUCUUUAAACUUGUCAAAAAGUGUAGUGCGCUUAUAAUUAUGACACGGGGUUUAUAUAUCCAUGUAUAUGUACUUUAGUAACUCUUGGCAUUGUUAUUAGGCGUGCUGAAUAUGUAAUUAUUUUUAUUUGUAGAAAACGUAUAUGUAAAAAAUGCAAGUGCACUUAAACUUAGGGAUUUCGUAUGAGAAGUGUAUAAAUGAUUUUUCGAAUUGGAACGGAACCACUUAAUACCUUAAAAUUUAUUGAAAAUGCGAAAAAAUGUUCUAAAAAUUUUGUUUCUAAUUUCAAAAAUCCUUUGUAUACUUUUAGGCUGCAAAAAUGUUCAAUGUAAAAGCAGCUACUCUGCGCUAAAGCUCUAUUCUGUGUAAGGUUUAUUAGUUUGUUAAGUAUCAAUAUACAUAAAUUUACAUACGUUCAUAUUUUAGGUACUACUUAAAAAUAAAAAAAAUUUAAAUUAA